AUGUGCUACUACAGCAACUACUAUGGCGGCCUGGGCUGUGGCUAUGCUGGUCUGGGCUAUGGCUAUGGUGGCCUGGGCUAUGGCUAUGGUGGCCUGGGCUAUGGCUGCGGCUAUGGCUGGGGCAGAUACAGAUAUGGCUGUUGUCGCCCAUCUUACUGGUCAUAUGGAUUCUACUGA